GCACCUUCAUAUUAUACACGAAUAGUAAAUGCUAUAAUCUGUGUCAUUUGCUAUCGACUAGCUAUUAGCCCGGUGUAUACAGGCAUGCAGGCCAGGUAUAUGAAUUCAGAACUGGUAAUUGCGUUGCAAAUAUGUGAAAUUUUCUGUUAUCAUCUUGUGUGCUGUGCGUACUGCGCCUAUGAUAGAACCAUGGAGCUAUUGUGUUAAUAGGUCCAUAAAACAACUCACAUUUGGAGAGUGCAAACAUGAUAAGUAUUAAAUCUCGAAGCCAAGACACAACUCGGCCAUCUUCGUAAUGGGAUUAGGUGAAAGAAGAGGAGGUCGUCGAGCAGGAGGUCAUCGACGACGCGCACAUCAUCGUCAUAACCACCACCGCAAUCGUCACCGUCGUCGUCAUCAUGGUGGUCGUGGGUUUCACGGUGCUCGUCCCGUUCUCAGGCUUGGUUGGAGACGGAAAGGAGCUGGAGGAGGAGGAGGAGUUGGCGGCGGGUCGGUCGUUCCUAUCUCAGGGGGACAUUAUGCCCUACUUAUUAUGCUCAUCAUGGCUGCAGCCUUUGGUUUUAUCGUAGGCAUGACUUUAGCCAACAUUGGAGGGUGGGUGUCGACCACCCUUGGAAGAAUAGGCAUGUUCAUGCUCUUCGCUAGUUUUAUCUUCAUCAUCAUACUGGUUGCGAUGCGAUGCAACAUGAUGAAAUUACCCCCAGGACCAGCGGUGGGAGGGGUGGAGGCAGGCAAUGCCACCAUGACAGUGUCCACUGUGACUAUAGGUGGAAGCACUACAGCUUCACAGAUUGAUGAAACAACAUCAUAUACCUCCCAGGUUAGCGCGUUCCAGCCUGGAGGAGUUGCCAUGGGAAUGCAACCAGGUUACGCAGGAGGACCAGUCCAGCCUCCACCACCAACACAGAGCUUCACCGUAGCACCAUAUCCACCUGCUCAAAAUGGAGGUGCCCCAUACCCACCCGUUAACAACCCCGUACUAGCACCCAUCGUGCCUCCGCCACAACAGCCGGUAGUUCCACCACCAGGAACCUAUAACUACCCCGUACAAUCGUUACCUGGUGGUAAUGUGGGCGUGGCCAUUCCUAAUAACCCUAAUGGAAAUAACGACGCGCCUCCGCCAUCCUACAAUGACGUCAUAAGUGGGAAUGUCAGAUGAGGCAAAAUGGACCUGAUAGUGCAUCAACCCAUUUUUUUUAUUGAUGCCAACGAUUUUUCUUCUUCAGGCGAUCAAAUUUCUAACACUCUUUAUGAUCCCAGGAAAGAUGUUUUCUUCCUUCUCCAUUGAUGCCUUUAUUGUUUGUUUGUGUUUGUGGCUGAAGUUUGAUACUCUGCAACUGAAACCUUACUUUUAAUGUUGUUUUCAAACAUAUUUUUUUAUAACGUCCAUUAUGUAAAUGUAAUAAACAUAUUCUAUCUUGUUAUUUAUUCUAUUUGAAUGUUAGUACGUACAUUUAAAAUUGUAAAUAUUAUAAAUUUAUUAGCUUUGCAUGUAGCAAUUUAAUUUUCUUGAAUGUUUAGGCCUACUCUGUAUGUCGUCUAUUGAAGCACAUCUCCAAAUAAUGGCUGAAAAUAGCCCAUUUCUCCUUGGGGAAAACAGUGACAUUUCAAAUCCUCAGAGAAUUACUGCAGGGCAGAGAAAAAACUGUAUUGUUCAACAUUAACACAAAAUCACUUAGCAAUGCAAAUUCACCGUCUACUUUUCAACUCAAUUUAGCAACUCUGACAAGCGAACUUUAGAGAUCCCGACUAUCUGUUCUACCAUUAAUAUUUAUAGUGAUGGUGGCCACAACCCCCAGACAUAUGCAUGUACGUCACUAUUUUUAUGGUGUUGCCGAAUUUGCGUUCCAGCGCCGACAACCUGAAGAAAGAAUCUCACGUGAAGAGAUGUUAAAAUUUCUAUCAUCUUAAAAGGUUUAGUGUUUAUUUGACCGGCUAAUUAUUACUAAUCUUUAGAGGAGAAAUGACUUUCACGAUAUAAACUCAGAGGAUCCUUGUGGCUAUAUGUUAUGUCCGUCCUUUGCAAUGCACGCAGGUUUAUUAUUUUGUGUACAUACAUGUACUCCAAAUCUAAAAAAAUAUGUAUCUAUUCAUCUAUUUAUUUUACAGUCAAAGUUGUUUAUUAUGUUAUAUUCGGCGAUAUUUUGAUAAAAUAAUCCACACAUUAGGGUCAUUUUAUUAUCUCAAUAUGAGGUAUUAAUUUUCAUUAUUUUGUAUCCAUAUAAAAUUCACUUCAUUAGUCCUAUUAUAUUGAUUAUUUCAAUGUUGAUUUAAAAUUAAAAAAACCCACUUUUUCUUUAUUGCGUGAUUUAAAAAUCAAUUAUAUUUAUUGCUGUGAAAAUGGAGCUUUCAUGUUUUCAGUUUUUAUAUUUUCCCAAUUUACGUGCCAAUCAAAUUAUUUAUAUACAAAACUAAAUAAGAUCAAACAAAGUCCAUUAACAAUGUUUACUAAUAAAGUGGAGUGAGAAUUUAUGAAUGAAGGGGGGGGGCUUUAUUGAGU